UGUGUUCAGCAGUACUCCUACUGCAGCACUUGAGAGCAACAACAACUCCAGCACUUGGAGAAGGAAAUCCAUGAUUGACAGCAUACUUCCUGCUCUGUAAGAUAAUGGCAUAUAGGAAGGUGUGUGAUGCCCAGGGUGGUCCGCUGGUCGGUGAGGUUCUGCACUGCUCUGGAGGUCUAGACCUUGACUGGGAUCUGGACAAGGAAGAGCUGCAGGAACCGGGGCCAAGCAUGGACCGCAUGCAGAUGCAACAUAUAGACUGCCAGAGAUCAGGGUGUUCAGACCCUGGUCCUGACCCUGACCCUGAACUGAUGGAACCCAUCCAGCCCUCUGUAUCAGUUUCACCACAUGGACGAUUUGAACGACUUCAAGAAGAUCCCAACUACAUCUCCCACUUCACCAGGGCUCCUGGACAUAAAGGACAAAGACGGCUGCACUGUUUCCUAGUCAAAUACUUCCUGGCAGGGGUGGCUCUUUUUGUCCUUGGUGCCCUGAUUGGUUGGUUUACUCACACAUCUACUAUCAAAUCACCUGUUCUGCCACCCGACAGCUCCGACCUGCUGGAGGAGUUGUUAAAAGGAAUUACCGCUGACAAGAUAGAUGCCCUUCAAAAAUCUUUUUCAAGCUUGUCAGAUGACAGUGAAGAGUCAAGAGCCAGGUACCUUUACAGACAGUGGGUGGGACUUGGUUUAACUGAUGUCCACCUAUCCAAUCACACUGUUCUGCUCAGUCUGCCUGGUUCCACACCCAACACCAUCACUGACAGAUCUAGCCACCAGUGUUUCAUGCCAAACGGGACCCCUUGUGACCAGCGUGGGCCAAAUGAUCUGACAAAGCAGCAGUUCUCCUAUGCUGCAUACUCUGCCAUGGGAAGCGUGCAGGGUGAGGUGGUGGACAUCCAGUAUGGCAGUGUCGAUGACCUAAGAAGAGCCAAAGAGACCCUGAACCUCACCAACCAGAUUGCUGUUGUCAAACUUGGCAAAAUACCUUUACUAUACAAGCUAUCCCUGCUGUCUGAGUUGGGUUUUGGAGGUGUUCUUCUUUACAUUGACCCCUGUGAUGGUCCCCCCAGUCGCCACACUUGGCAUCAAGCCUUUAGAGUCACUUUAAACCCUGGAGGAAAUCCUGCAAUUGUUGGGUUGUCAAAGGAAGCACGAGGAAGUCUGACAUCUUUGUUGGUUCAGCCCAUCUCUGCCCUCCUCGCCAAGACAUUGCUGUCAUCGCCAUCCACGGGCCAGGAAGGCUCUUGUAUUCCUCUAGCAAUGCCUCCCAAUACAGAGCGCAAGAAGAUAACCCUGACAAUUGGAAACCAGUUUUCGUACAAGAAAAUUUACAACGUUGUGGGAUAUCUGAAGGGAAAGAGGAACCCAGAUCGCUAUGUGCUGGUUGGUAGUCGUCAUGACAGCGACCAUGGAGGCGGGACUUCAGCUAUUAUGAAUCAACUGAUUGCAGCACUGACAGAGCAAACCAAACGCGGAUGGGUACCAGACCGUACCACUGUGUUUUGCUCAUGGGGAGGCUCAGCCCUGGGAAACAUUGGAUCUUAUGAGUGGGGAAAGGAUAACAGUGUUGUUCUGCAGAGCAGUGCAGUGGCCUAUGUCAGCCUGAACUCUCCAGUUAGAGGGACGGAAGCUCUCAGAGCUACAGCUUCACCAACUCUUCUGCAGCUCACCUCAGAUAUACAGAGGGUAACUAUUACUAUGAUUCCAUGUACUGCUACUGUCACUCCAACAUGA